AAAGAGAAACGGAACCUCAUCGGGUUCGGGGGUGCAACCCUGCAAGUCUUGUUCCCCUAACAAUCGAGCUUAGCAGUCCACAUAGAAAGAGAAGCCCGCGGGAGGGAAGCAACUAGACAUUAGAAACCAGAGAAAAUCUACUAAAGAAAGUCGAAGCUAGGGUUAGGGUUUCUGCAACCGAUCUUCUUUGACAUGCCGAAGAACAAGGGAAAGGGAGGUAAGAACAGGAAGAGGGGAAAGAACGAAGCAGAUGACGAGAAGCGAGAGCUCGUCUUCAAGGAAGACGGGCAGGAGUAUGCGCAAGUCCUUCGUAUGCUCGGGAACGGCCGUUGCGAAGCCAUGUGCAUAGACGGCACCAAGCGUCUCUGCCACAUCCGGGGCAAGAUGCAUAAGAAGGUUUGGAUCGCCGCCGGUGACAUCAUACUCGUCGGUCUCCGUGAUUAUCAGGACGACAAGGCGGAUGUCAUCCUCAAGUACAUGCCCGAUGAAGCCAGGCUCUUGAAGGCCUACGGAGAACUCCCGGAUAGCACCCGUCUUAACGAAGGUAUCGCCGCCGGCCUCGACGAGGAGGAAGAUGGAGCCGUUGACGAUUAUAUCGAGUUUGAGGACGAGGACAUCGACAAGAUCUAGGUUUUGGAAUUACCAUCUAGAGUUUAUAUGCUUUCUUUCUUACACUUAUAAGGAUGAAUUGGAUAUUGUAGUAUCAGAUAUUUUUUUUCACAGACGAGAUAUCAGAUGACACAACGAAUGAAAGUUUCCUGGGUGAAAUGGAAUGGAAGUAAUAGCAAAUUGAUCCAGUCCAGUAUCGUUUCUA